CCCCGCCAUUAACAAAAGACCAAAUAAGCUCGACAAUGAAGCUUCUCCUCACCUUCGUCUUUCCCUCACCUUGACUGCCAUCAUCCCAUAAGUUUGGGCUCCACUGCUCCCUCAAUCAAACCAACAUCCAUGGCUAUGGAUCCGAAGCUCCAACAGAGUCUCGUCCCUGUCCUCUCCCUCCUCCUCACGAUCUCCACCUCCCUCUCGCAGCCCACGCCCCUGCCUCAACCCGGCGAGCCGACGGUGUACGACGUCCUGCCCGAGUUCGGCCUCCCGGGCGGGCUCCUUCCCGACUCUGUGACGUCCUACAGCCUCUCCCCCGAUGGCCGGUUCGUUGUUUUCCUGAAGGGGCCCUGCUACGUGCAGUUCGACUACCUCAUCUACUACGAGGACCAGAUCACUGGGAAGAUCAAUUACGGGUCGAUCACGGAGCUCGAGGGGAUUCAGGUGCAGAGGUUCUUCAUCUGGUUCGACGUCAAUGAGAUCAGGGUCGAUCUUCCUCCAUCAGAUUCGAUAUACUUCCAGGUCGGCUUCGUUAACAAGAAGCUCGAUAUCGAUCAGUUCAUGAAAGUUCAUUCUUGUCGAGACCGUGUCUCCGGGCUGUGCCAUGAGUCAUUGAAUCGGGUUACCGAGAAGUAACAACUGGGCUAUCAUUUUGCAAUUUGCAGCUCCCGAAUUCUGUCGGCAAAACUCCAAUGGUAAAGACAGAAUAGGCAUCCCUGAGGAGCGGACAUUCUUUACCCGGAAGAUGAUCAAUCCAUCGGAAUCAGCUACGAGCAACGUCACUCUAUCUCAAUUUUUUUCUUGUGAAAACCAGAUGUGAUCUCUGCUCUCAUUAACUUCAUUGCACAAAAACCUUGUGUGGUUUGAUUGGGUUAAUUAAAGCCUCGAUUGUUCUGGUUCGGAUUCUACAUCUUGACUGUCCGAAGGGUCCUCGACAGCCAAUUGCACUACCGUGCAGUUAUUUAUUAUGCAGAAACAGGAAGCGGCAGGGUCCUUCCUCUUCUGCUAAAUUGAUAGAUAUUUGACUUGAUGCAAGUUCAAAGAGGAGAAAAAAUGUGGAUGGUAAAUUAAUGGAAGAGAAACCCAGAAUCAAGUCGAACUAUUAAGCAUUGAAGUUCUUUCCUACUAACUAUACCGGUUUGUGAUAUCUGUGUGGUGAGGGGCACUUCCAUGGCAGAGUGUAUGUGUUGGUCUCGAUUGAUAUUUUCCCCAUAGAUCGUACUGUCACUUCUGUUAAAAGGAAUUCUGAGUAGCUAGUGUAACAUAUCAUCUGAAAGAAAACAUAUUCUAUAGUUGUUGUAAAGUUCUCAAUUGAACUCCUGUUUGGUUUGACAGAUUUUGGUGUUCUAGUUGGAACUUUAAUUAUGAAUAAGAAGUUUGUGUUAUGCAA